GUCCCGGUGUCGCCGCACCCUAGGAACCACCACAUGCUCCAGGGCGACUGCCAAAGAGGCGCGUGCGGCGUUUCCGCUGUGUUUCUUGCGAGCGCUUCCAAGGCAUCCUAACGCAUCCAGAAAUUUCAAGCACAGGCUCCAACGACUUUGUCGCCAGAUAGCCAUAUACACAACAAAUGAGAGUCUCUUUUGUAUGUCAUAAGUGCCGCGACCAGUAUGCAGGCCUGGGCCUGCACAUGACGCCCGAUUCAAGUUUUGCCCGAUUCAAGUUUUGCCAUAGGUCCACAGAUUCAAGCACCAUCAACAACAUUAUUAUCUUAACACUACGCUCUAUCACCCUAUCAAAAUUAAACACUAGUAUCCGAGCCCUCAGGCCAGCUCUCACGUCACAUCUUUGCUGUGCUGCUGCAAUGACUCGUGUUCUCGCACCAAGCUCGCUAUAUCACGGGAGCUUACUAUUUCCUGUCGAGAUACCUGGCCUGCAAGAUCUCAUUGAGCGUAAACCUGCUGCUUUGCGAUCUGGGCGCGGGAAUGCUCCCCAAUCGUCCGCGGACCUUCACGCAUUCUCUCAGACUGGCCAGCCGAAUGCGCCGGCUGUACGGCUCCUUGAGGACGUGCGGAAUUUGAAGCGCGCGGCGGGCGGCGGCCUGAGCGCGGCGGCGCUGGCUCAGGCUCUUCGCGGCCUGGGCUACGAGGCGUCACUUGCCUUCUCCAUCGGCUCCCACUCCGCGCCGUCCGCGCUGCGCCUGUCACACGAGUUUGUGGUGGUGCGGGGCUGCGGUGCGGGUGCGCCGCUCAUCGUGGAGCCCAGCUUCCGCGAGCACUUUGCCAUCGGCUCGCUGUACGCCACGGAGCGCUACAGGCAGGUGCUGGCGGCGGUGCCCGAGGAGCUGGUGGCGCCGUAUGCACAGCUGUGUGAGAUGGUGCGGCUGGUGUGCGCCGAGAUGAAGUUCAGCUUCGAGGCCACUGGCAACUCGCUGCCGCCCUGGCGAAUCGUCAACUCGGUCCUGUCCAGAUGGGCCUCCGUGGGCCGCACCGCAUGAGCUUCUGUUGCCAUGUGGUUUGGGGUUAGAGAGAUAUUAUUAUGUUCCGCGGUCGCUGAGUGUAUUGCGGCUGCCGAAUGUCAGGAUGUAUCGGUAGUCUGAAUACGUAAGAGACAACAUUGACGGUAGGCUCAAGUUAGUGCAUUGCACGUUGCAGGCACAAGCCACAUUAUUUAUAAAAUUGCAUCGCUGCACCCGUGCAAAACUCUCGGGAGUCGUUUGGUAGAGGCAAUGGGUCAAGGCAGCUCAUGAGUGCGUGUGUGAGGAAACAGUGGAGUGAAGCUGACACAUAAGCGACGGUUGCAUGUGAGGGAACCCCUUCUUCGGCAUUUAGGCUGGAGCCGUGUGCAGAGUCCUACAUGGAUACGCCAAGAAACGGCUUGGUAAUAAAUUGUGCUUGAUGUAUUGAUGGUCUUUUGUUGCUUGUGUGCUGCCGUGAGUGCCGCCGUGAGUUUUGACGGACACCUGAUAUAUUCGUGUGCGGGCGUAUGCCACGAAAAUCUUCAUCCUUUUUAAGGUCAGUAGCGUACCGGAGUGAGAGCCGGAGUGAGAACGCCACUUCUUAUCUAGGCGUGUCGUGCGAAAGGGUGUUUGGCUGGUACAAGCUGGGAAUGGCCCCAGCAGAGAGUGGUGGGUUUAAAGGAUUGCCGUAGUGACUGUGGUGACUGUAUGGUGGUGUGUAUCAGUGAAAGUAUGCCAUGCGAGUGGUGGUGUUCGCAGUGUGGAGCGCUGGGGUUGAUUUGCGGUGCGAGAAUGUAGUACCCGCCCCAGAUUUUAUGGAGCAGGGACUUAGCCCGGGACUUUGGAGUACAGGGAGGGUUAGGUCAUCUGCGAUGAGCUUUAACGCACCAUUAUCUUUUCUUCAAUUUCUGUCCUGGCCUUGCUAUGUCGGCAGUGCGCCGUGGAUAAAGGAAGGAGCCAAGACUGAAGGCCGUCCUCGUUGCAUGAAAGGUAGUGACAUCACUAGAACAGACUGCUUCGUGUGGUUCGUGUGCAGUCGAAACCGGGGAGUCAUGCUCCGGGUGUUGCGUGGUUGCGGCUGACCGGCUUUGGCCGGCUCAACUGUGACGCUGACUUAAUUGUGUCAUGGUUUCAGUGAGCGCGUGCACAAUAUGACACGGGUAGGGUCACAAGAUACUGAACUCCAAAUGUAACGCUAUUUUGCA